AUGGCCAAAAUCAAAGUGGCUAAGCCCUCAACACAAGCUUCGUUGGCACGGAUAUUGACAACACCGCCAUCGCCAUCCAACGGAAGCUACAACGAUGAUAACAUGCAACUCCCAACCGGGAAUCCAAAGCACUUAAGACUCUCCUAUCAAGUGAAAAGCUUGCUGGUGAAGCAGAUUUACGCUGCUGUCGAAGACGUGCUGGACAGUAUGAUGCACGAAGGCACGAAGGACGCCCACUGGCGCAAGAAAAUGCGCAAAGAUGACGUCGUGUACUUUGAAGAUAGAGAAAGCGUGACGAAGCGGCAGUCACGCUUUUGCUGUGUGAAAGUUACGGACGCAUGUGUAGAAGAUGUUAUCAAAUUUUUCGUAGUGUCCGACACAGAUAUGCUGUUGCAGCGGUGCCGCGUCAUGUACGAUAAUAUCGUGGAUGCUAGAAUAUUGAGUGUGCUUGAGCAACCGUCUAAAGAACACCCAAUGCGUUCCUCUUACGUCCGCUACACGGCUUUCAAGACGCCUGCAUUGCUGCGCAAUCAUCGUGAUAUGUGUGUUGUUGUGGCCACGGAUGUGAUCCACUACCCGGAUGGGUCAACGGUGGGCUACUGCGUCUGGGACUCGCUCCAUCUACCUGAUGUAGCCGAUUUUAACGUGCCAAAGGGUUUUAUUCGCAGUCGCAUGUUCCGGUCGGGCUACUUCGUCCAGAAUACAGGAAAACCCAAUGCACAGACGAAGGUGGUGUACUUAGUUGGCAUUGAAGCGGGUGGAUUUGCACCGCAACUGGCGACACGCUACGUUAUGCCUCGUUUUGGUGCCGUACUCAACCGAGUUAUUGCUCACCUCCGACGUAAGCAACUCGACCCAUCUACUUUUGCACCUCAAUCCGAGUGGACUAAUAAACGAAAGGCCGAGUGUUGUCAGUGCUGUAGCAAACACUUUGUCGCUGUGAAACUACUGGACACUCGUCGUUACAAUUGCGUAAUGUGUGGCGAUGCAAUCUGCCAUUCUUGCCGUCAGGUUGAAGAGGUUGACGUGCCUGGUGCGAAGAAUACACAAGCGGACAUUUGUGUAGAUUGCAAAAUAUCCAGCCGUAAACAAUCUCAACGGUCAUACUGGUCACGUUGGGGUCUAAGUUUAAUGACUGACUCAACAAAGUCUUCGAUCUCGACAAGGCCUAUGAUUGUGUGA